AUGAUUGACUACAAACAAUCAUUCGAUGAUAUAUCAUUCAUUUCAUCAGUAUCUUCCUUGUCAAUGAAUGAUAGCAAUCAACAAGAUGAAGCUUUCACACAAGCGUUACAACAACUUAACAAAAUAAAAGACAUGAAUCCUAAAGAAAUUAAUAACAAUUGGGAAUUUUUCUAUCAUUUACUAGGCAUGUUCAAAGAUAAAAAAUUCUCUGUUGAUCCAUCAACAUAUAUUAAUACAAGUUUUCUCUCAGACUAG